AUGAAAGACCUUUCAGGCUACAACAACAGAACAGAGCUAUAUUCAUGUUCCAUGUGGCAGGACAGGUGUAAGUGCUUAGCAGAUGUGGAAUGGACAGCAGGGAUUGUAGUCGUUGUAGAGUUUGCCAAGUACGAACCUGUUUCUGAUACUGAGUUCCCACCAUACUAUGAAAUUCCUGAAAAGUUAGGAACUACAACAAGAGAGACAAUCUUUGACAGUCUAGGGUUUGGGUCAAUUAAGGACACCAUAAGAGGGAAGUUGACAACGGCAGAGGACAUUGCUGAAGAAACAAAGGCUGCACGUGAGCGCGGAGGUACCGGACGAAAGUGUUUAAAUAAAGAUACUGGGAAUGAGGAGAUGGUGAUCCCCAUUGAAGAGAAUGCCACGGGAGCUGUGGCAUCCAUCCUAAAAGCGUCCGAUCAGAUGAGUGGUCAAACUUUCAACGAUGUUGGACGAAUGGAUGAUGAGGGAGUCAUUCGAGUGGAAAUGGAAUGCACUCCAAAAUUGAGCAAAGAUCAGUAUAAGUACAAGAAGUUUGAUGGCAAAUGCCAUAGUAGUGUAGAUACUUUUAAACAGAGAGGAACUACAACAAGAGAGACAAUCUUUGACAGUCUAGGGUUUGGGUCAAUUAAGGACACCAUAAGAGGGAAGUUGACAACGGCAGAGGACAUUGCUGAAGAAACAAAGGCUGCACGUGAGCGCGGAGGUACCGGACGAAAGUGUUUAAAUAAAGAUACUGGGAAUGAGGAGAUGGUGAUCCCCAUUGAAGAGAAUGCCACGGGAGCUGUGGCAUCCAUCCUAAAAGCGUCCGAUCAGAUGAGUGGUCAAACUUUCAACGAUGUUGGACGAAUGGAUGAUGAGGGAGUCAUUCGAGUGGAAAUGGAAUGCACUCCAAAAUUGAGCAAAGAUCGCUGAGAGUUGAGGUAGAGAUAUAUAUUAUGCAGUAUAACAUCCAAUGUUGAUGAUCUUUCUUUCUCUGUUCUUGGAUUUGUGCAUUUAGUUUUUAGUUACAUAACUGAUGGGCAAUGGAUCAGAUGUGGGAACUCGGCUCUGAUGUUAUCUAAUCGUGGAGGCUUAUGUUUUUCUCUU